AUGGUAGAGGCUGUGCCUGAUCAUCUUGUGGAUCAAUAUGGUAUUGUGGAUGUUGCAUCUUCACCUGUUGAAGGUGAAAAACAGACACCUAAAGGUUCUGGCAAUGAAAUCCAAUUGACGGAUGCUAUUGCUGCAUUACAAAAAUUAGAAAAUGUCGAAGCGUAUCGUAUGAAAGGUCAGACCUUCGACUGUGGUAGUAAAAUUGUAUUACACUAUGCUGUGGAGCAUCCUAAGUUGGGUGAAGAAUUCAAACAGCUUAUCAAAGAAUUGAAUUUAUAA